AUGCAGGCGAAAAUUUUCGAUCCAACUCCACCGAACGCCCGGAAAGUCGUACUGGCCACCAACAUCGCCGAGACAUCACUAACCAUCGAUAACAUAAUGUACGUGAUCGAUCCGGGCUUUGCAAAGCAAAAUAAUUUUAACUCCAGAACCGGGAUGGAGACCCUGAUGGUCGUGCCCAUUUCGAAAGCGUCUGCCAAUCAACGUGCAGGUCGAGCAGGGCGCGUUGCCCCUGGCAAGUGCUUUCGUCUGUACACAGCCUGGGCAUACAAACACGAGCUGGAAGACAACACCGUCCCGGAAAUUCAGCGCAUAAACCUGGGCAAUGCCGUGCUAAUGCUCAAAGCUCUUGGAAUCAACGAUUUGCUUCAUUUCGAUUUCCUCGAUCCUCCACCACAUGAAACGUUGGUUUUGGCAUUGGAGCAACUUUACGCCCUAGGGGCAUUGAAUCACCACGGUGAACUGACCAAACUUGGACGACGGAUGGCGGAAUUUCCGGUCGAUCCCAUGAUGGCAAAAAUGCUGCUUGCUAGUGAAAAGUACAAAUGUUCCGAGGAGGUGGUGGCCAUCGCUGCAAUGCUAUCGGUGAAUGGAGCCAUCUUCUACCGACCGAAAGAUAAAAUCAUCCACGCAGAUACGGCCCGGAAGAACUUCAACCACAUGCACGGGGACCACUUGAGUUUGCUGCAGGUCUACAACCAAUGGGCCGAAUCGGACUACAGCACUCAGUGGUGUUACGAAAAUUUCAUUCAGUUCCGUUCGAUGAAACGAGCUCGCGAUGUCCGGGAGCAGCUGGUUGGGUUAAUGCAGCGAGUCGAAAUCGAAAUGGUUUCCAGUCUGCCGGAAACGACCAACAUCCGGAAGGCUAUUACAGCCGGGUACUUUUAUCACGUCGCUCGGCUCUCCAAGGGGGGUCACUACAAAACGGCCAAGCACAAUCAGACGGUGAUGAUCCAUCCGAAUUCGGCACUGUUCGAAGAACUGCCUCGUUGGGUGCUGUACCACGAGCUGGUGUUUACGACGAAGGAGUACAUGCGGUCGGUGAUUGAAAUCGAAAGCAAGUGGCUGCUGGAGGCGGCACCGCAUUACUACAAACCGAAGAAGCUCGAGGAUUCCACCAAUAAAAAGAUGCCGAAAACGAUCGGUCGGGCCACGCUGACCGAGGCGUAG